AUGAUGUCCUCCAUCACCAGUUUCAAUGACAGCCUUGUGAGCCACCAAACCUUUGUCCUGAUUGGCAUCCCUGGGAUGCAGGAGAAGAACUAUUGGGUGGCCUUCCCAUUGUUUGUACUCUACGCCCUGAUCCUGUUGGGAAACUUUACUAUCCUUUAUGUCAUCAAGAUUGACCAAAGCCUCCAUGAGCCCAUGUACUUCUUCCUUUGCAUGCUGGCCUGUUCCGAUCUGGGCCUCUCCUUUUCCACCAUGCCAACUAUGCUGCAGGUCUAUUGGUUUGACUCAGGGGAAAUCACACUUGAUGCCUGCAUCAGCCAGCUGUUCUUUAUCCAUUUGUUUCAAUGGGCAGAGUCUGGCAUUCUUGUGGCAAUGGCUUAUGACCGGCUCAUUGCCAUCCGUGAUCCGUUAAGAUAUACCUCCCUUCUCCAAAAUUCUGCAAUUGCAAAAUUAGGUGUAGCUAUAUUGUCCAGAGCUUUCUGUGUCUGCUUCCCACUCCCCUUUCUUAUUAAACGGCUCCCUUUCUGCCGAUCUAAUGUGCUUUCUCAUUCAUACUGCCUCCACCCAGACACAAUGAAGUUAGCCUGUUUUGGUGCAAAAGUCAAUGUUUUGUAUGGUUUGGUAAUGGUCAUGUUUACUUUGGGGUUGGACGUGGUCAUCAUUCUCAUAUCCUAUAUCCUGAUCCUGAAGACUGUUUUGAGCAUUGCGUCCCACCAUGAGCGCCGCAAGGCUCUCAACACCUGCGUCUCUCACAUUUCUGCCAUUUUGAUCUUCUACGUCCCGAUGAUUGGUGUCAGUGUGGUUCAUCGAUUUGGGAAGCACCUUUCCCCCAUUGUACACAUGCUGAUGGCCAACAUAUACAUUGCGGUCCCACCACUUCUUAAUCCCGUUGUGUACAGUGUGAAGACCCAGCAAAUUCGGCAGAGGAUUUACAAAAUGUUCUUGUUAAAGAAAAGCAGUGGCUGA